AUGUGCACUCACAUCAAGUAAGUAAGGAACUUUGGAAUAAAACUAGCGACAAUAAAUAAAAUAACAAUGAAUAUCUACACCACUACAGAGUUGUACAUGUUGAACAUAGGACAUACUAUGUCAUGGUAAAAGGAAUUUCGCUUCACAUAUCCUCACUUACUGAUAUACAGUAGUUGUACCACUGUCAACUCAAACUAUAAAGUAAAUAUUUCAUAAUUUAUCCAAGUAAAUCAAUGUAAACAAUACUUUUCAGUUCUACAUUACCAUUGUGUCUGUGUUUUAAUCUGGACUCUUAACAGGCACAGGCAGAAGGUGAAGGCAGCUAAAGGUUCUAACUCUGAGUCCACAUUAAACUCAGAAAAGCAUGAAAGUGGGCCGGUGGAGCCAGGAACCAGCAAGUAUACUGGGGAAUGGUAAGAGGAUCAACAAAUGCUGUUGUUAGGUGUAGAAAAUGAAAUAUGACAUGACUCUAAAUUUGUUUUUGUUUUGUUUUUCUUUCUUUUCACAACAGGGCAAAUCCUUCAUUUAACCCGAACAUCGACUUAAGCUUAGACUCCAAUAAGGAAAGCUUAGAUAUGGACAAAGUCAGGUAAAGAAAAGCUCUGAGUGACUCUUUGCCUUUUGCUAUUUGCAAUCAGAGGUUUGUCUCUGCCAAAUGAAAAGGUGUUGCUAAAGGUUGUAAUAGUUUUUUUCUUCCCUCUUAGCCUCAGCUCUCUGGAUCAUGGUAUUGACAUGAAGCUUCAAAAAAAGUUCAAAAAACCCGUCAUGGUGAGUUUGCUUUUCAACGUCUGUCAUCCCUAGAUAGAGCAUGAUUUAUAAACAUGUCUACCUUUCAUUAUAACAUAAUCCAGGAAGAUGGGGAGCAGGAUGGAGGACCAUCAGGGUAA